GUUUAAUGGACAUGUAGUUUUUGAUAUUUCAGGCUGAGAUCUCCUGGCAGCAGAUGAGGUUAGAUGUUGGCCAUGGAUGAAGGCGUGGUGGAGGAGUGGCUGUCUGAGUUUAAGACUCUUCCAGACACGGCCGUCUCCAGCUACGCUGCCUCUCUGAAGGACAAGGGCUCUCUGGUUCCUGCGCUCUAUAAAGUUAUACGGGAGAAUUACAGCGACCUGCUGGAGCCGGUGUGUCAUCAGUUGUUCGAGUUUUACCGCAGCGGCGAGCCGUGUUUACAGCGCUUUACUCUGCAGUUCCUGCCGGAGCUGGUGUGGAGUUACCUGUCAGUGACGGCGGCGAGAGAUCCUCACUGCAGCGGCUGCAUCGAGGCGCUUCUGCUCGGCAUCUACAACCUGGUGAGAGCCCUGCUGAACAACACACGCUUCACACAAUGUCUCUGUGUGUUUCUGUGUGUGUGCAGGUGUAACGGUGAGGUGGAGCUGGGCUCGAGGGCUCUGGAUGAUGUGUUGUACCGAGCGCAGCUGGAGCUCUUCCCAGAAGCCCUGCUGGUGGGAAAUGCCAUCAAGUCGUCUCUCCACGGCGCCUCUCUGAAGGCCAAUAAAGAGGGAACCCGCUCCAUCCAGGUGGAGAUCACACCCACGGCCCCCCGCAUCUCCCGCAACGCCGUCACCAGCCUGUCCAUCCGCGGACACCGCUGGAAACGCCACGAUGCAGUGGAUUUGGGUUCCCCGGAUGAGCUGACGGAGAUCGCCGAGGUGGACGAGGGCAUCUGCACGCAGACGUCCACCACUCCGAGCAUCGUCAUCAGCAGCAGCGGCGGCGGCGGGAAACUGAGCGGGAAGGGCCUGCGCCGCCUGACGGGCCGCUCCAGCAAAGACAAGGACAAGGAAGCAGCCUCCAGCAUGGAUCAGCUGACACGCAAACAGCCCACCGUCCGUGCCAUGAGCGAGAACCUGGAGCUGCUGUCACUCAAACGCCUGACGCUGACCGCCAGCCAAUCAGUGCCCAAGAGCGGCUCGCUGAGUCUGUCACGCACCGCCAGCGCCGUCUUCUCACGCUCCUUCGAGCAGGUCAGCAACGUCCUCUCCUCCAAUCACGUCGCAGAAGCGGACCACGGGGGCGUGGCUUAUUUGGAACACCUAAGCCCCGCCCACCAGCCCCGGCAGCGCUCGCCCACCAUCAGUAUCCACGUGACCUCUGACCUGUGACCCUAAACAGAGACGCUCACUGCUGCCACCUGGUGGCAGGAAACUGCAGCACCUUACAGGAAGUCUGUUUUGUUUUUCCGUUCGGUCUUUUUGUUUCCGUCAGUCGUGAUUGAUUACCAAAGUCAUGUAUUUUUGAAGUGUUUUUAAAAGAUCCUUGCGAAGUCAGAUGUUGUGUAUUUUUUAUGACUAUUCGAGUGACUCACGUGUGUGAAAACUGCAGUUUCUCUUCUCCGCGUAUCCCAGCAUGCACUGGGCUCGAACCGAAGCCAUCCUUUCACCGUUUUCAUGGGAAUUUGUGUGCUUGGUUACAAACCCGAGUGGAAAAUCCUGUGGAAAUCAGACCAAAACAAGAGUCAUUUUUCAUGGUGUUUCUAAAGCAAUAUGGUUAUUAAUUGAAUUGCUGUAUGUGAGGCCAUAAGAGAUGCUUUGGCACAUGAGGCGGGCGGGUUAGUAUCGGUGGUUAAACUGGUAAUAGUUAACCAGCUGCUGAUGUGUCACUACAGCAGAGUGUGAUUAUAAGCCACAAAUCAUUUCUUGAUUUAAAAAUGAAUCGGUGAAUUGAUUUUUCUUCUUUUAUUGGUGCAGCACUGUGCUUUUGCACCAGUACUUGUCUGGUUUUAUUGUUUUCUUUUUUAGGAUGAUGUUUUUGAAGACGUUUUCUGCUCAUAAUGGUUUGUGUUUUUAAUUUGAAGUGGACCCUCAAUAACCGUGCUCGUGUCUGUGCUCAGAUCAUUUGGAGAAUGUGAAUAUUUUGUUGUGAAUUGUAAAUAUUAUUGUACUGAAGUCAUUUUUUGCCUUUCGUCAAAAAAAAGUAACAUGGUUACAGUCUCUGAAAAUAAAGAUUUCUAUUUCAACGUGACUGGAUUUUUAAAUAGCAAGAAAACAAUCUUUAUUAUUGUUUUACUGAUUACCUUUUAAUUUCAAAAACUCAAUG